AUGAAAUGAAGAAGGCCCAUCCGAGUACGGCCAUUGUCAACAGGUACAUGGACCUCACCUUUGCCUUGCGCCGGAAGGAAGCAGUCCACGACAAGCCACCAAUUGCUGAAAUAUUGCACAGAUGGCCUGCCCUAUUCACAGAGAGUCAGAUUUGCUACGAGUUCAACAGAAUCGUCGGCAAGAAUCUCAGCAUCAGUUUUUUGCAAGCCCUUGACCAGAUCGCCCCCAACAUGAUUGAGAUCUUCAAAAAGAAAACCGGUACCAUGGGCCAGAAGCUGAAUCAGAUUAUUCUAGAGGCAAAGACAACUACACCAACAGACAUUAGGUGCCUGGUUCUACGUGGACUGCCAGUCAUCUUGGGUGAUGAUCCAGGAGUCUUUUUUAGGACCAGCUCUGAUGCCACUGAUGAAUUAGUUGCUGAAACGGCCGUGGGCCUACUCAUGUCGCCAGCUGACGGUGCUCACCAGCCACCAUCCUGCAGCCACCAGCCACCAUCCUCUGGAGUGGCCAUCAUUCUGGAGGGGAGCAUCCUGAUGGCUGACAUUGAAACUCUGCCCCAAGCUUUUUACAUCCUCUUUGGGCUUGUGUACGCCUUACAUCUCGACUACCCCAGGUACAUGAGAAACACCUUCAACUUUGUGCAACAUGUUCUGCUGAACAUCGGUAAAGAGAAGCUAAACGCAAAAGUGCAAACGUUGAAGAACCAGCUCACAAUGUAGGCCUUUGUAUUAUCUUGCCCCCUCUCAGUUACAGUAUUUCUAUUUGUAAGUAUAUCUGUUAACAUUGUCAGUUUGACACAAUUAACAUUAGCCAGCGUACAACUUGUAUAGCCGCUUCAGUUUAUUGUUCACUAAAAAUGAUUCGAAAUACAGCCAUCAAUGUCUCAAAAUGUACCUCACAAAAGUGAGUACACCCCAUGUUAAAAUCUCAGAGAGAAUCAUGAUCUGCUUCAGUAGUCAAAGUACAUGUUGACAUGUGUUUCUUUUGGUGAAAUUCAGCUUUCCAAUGUUGACUGCAUUCAUGCAGCCCCCAACGAUGCAAGUCCCACUACCAUGCUUGAUUUUAUAGACCGGACAAUUUUCUUUGUACAAAUCACAUCUUGCCACAAAUCACUUCUUACCACCACACAUGCUUGACACCAUCUAAAGCAAAUGUGUUUAUCUUGGUCUAAUCAGAGACAAACAAGAGUAAGGAUAUGGGUUGCUUGAACCAUGUUGUGUUGUCUGACACCAAGA